GAACUUGUCAAUCUUCUGCAGAAAAUUGUCCAGUCUACGGAUACGAAGACCAAACUGCCGCAUCAGGCAAAACUGGACGAACUCGUCACCCUUGUACAGUUUGCCAAUGACGAGGGCGACUUUGGUGAGGGUCUUGAACUAGGACUUGACCUUCUUGCAUUCCAUCCAAAAGGCGAAAAUUUGCAAACGGCAAGUUGCUUCAACAACACGAUUUCCUUACUCCUCUCGACGGGCUACCAACUGGCAGGUCGUCCACAAUUUGCCGAAGUUAUCACUCAACACAUGAAAAACCGAUGCAUCCAGCCCUUAUCUCUGAAAACCAACAGUUAG